AUGAAAUUCGUUAAGACCGUACAUACCUUUGACUACGAAUGGAGUUUGGUGUCUGCCGCUCAAUGGCAGAAAUACCCCAACGAUCACUGUCCUCAUGUCCAACAUGUCGAUGUCUUGGAUAGAAGAGUAGACCCUGAAACUGGCAUUCUCACAACUGAAAGACUCAUUACGGUCAAACAAAACGUACCCAGACUUCUUUUAAAGAUUAUGGGAGCUGAUGAGACUCAAUACGUAAGAGAAAUCUCAACCAUUGAUCCUAAAGCAAAGACUUUCACCUUGACUAGUCAGAACCUCUCUUUAUGCAACAUUAUGAAGUGUAAUGAGGAGAUCUCUUAUACCGUAUCACCCGAGAAUCCUGAAAAAACACAGUUCACACAGCAAGCUACCAUGUCUGUAGGAAGUUUCCUUUCUCGCUGGGAAAGUACUAUUGAGGACUUUUCCAUCAAGAGGUUUCAGCAAAAUGCUCAAGUUGGUAGGGAGGGAUUUCUGAAUGUGCUGGAAAGGUUCGUUGUGAUGGCUGAGGCUGCCAAACAGGGACCCAGUGCUACCAAUCCAGCACCAGCCAACUAA